AUGCAACGUUUUAGAGAGCUGUGGCAGAGUGGCCUUGAUGCGCGACAUAUUGAUGAACUCAUUAAUGACUUUUUCCAAGACUUUGCACCCUACGCUGGGGCAGAACACCAACGCAUUUCUUUAGUCCGCCAGUACGACACUACGAUAAGCACUGCGGUUACCAUAGAGGACAGUGGGGAUUUAACUUUCCAAACUCAGCACAUGCAUGUCGGUUCGAUGAACUUCGGGACGACGGGAAACUACCAAAUCAACGGAGCCCUACGACUGCCACUAGCAUUGAAUUCUUCUUUUCCCGUCUCUUCCGAAGGAAAACAUCACUUACCGACCAUCCCUACCACUCCUCAACCCAGGCCAGAUUCUGGUCGUCGUUUUUUUUCCUCCACACGUGGGGCACAGUUGAUGUAUGGAAUCAGCCAACGACUUGCACCUUUCACCCCUUCCGCUUUGUGUGAAAAUACCUUUGGGCAGGUCGAAUGCGAUCUGGACAUCACGGUACCUUGGAGUGGCCGACAUGUGUAUGGUGCCCGCUGUGGCCCCCUCUCGGCACGUCUUACGUCUGCUCCGAACCCGUCUAGUAGAACGAACAACAACGAAAAUAGAAGCACUUUUAUGAGCGGUAGCAAUCUCAUGGACAAAAACAGUUCAUUCUGGAGACGCUCGACGUACACCCUCGACUUUUCUUGUUGUAUUCCAAUCAACCUAUUCGGCGAAACGCAACUUGCUCAAAAUUUUGGUGCUUCAACAAACAAUAAUGCUAUGAAACCAAUAACUCGACAAGGACAUGCCGAUGUACAAAGUGAUCACAAACUUCAAGGACCAGUAGCAUUAACUGUAGGCUUCCGUCAGCACUUCACAGCGGGGGAUACGCUUUUGGCUCUUUCCUUUCAAACCGAUCGCACUGUAAUGAAUACUAUACAACACAACGGCUGUCCGGAGGGGCUGGAUGUGGUGCCUGUACCUCUAUCGGUUAAAACUUCUGAUGUGGACAGGAGCAUCGUAAAAAAACGUGCUAAUGACGACAAUAAUGAGAAGAAUAGCGGUGCAGGUGUGUGGAACCUUUUCAGUAUCCCAGAGACCGCCGCUCAACUUCUCAUUCUGCAAACGCUAGCGACAUCGGCAAACCAGGCACUAGACGCAAGCGGUAACCCUACCAAUGCGAGUCUCCUUGGGACGUCAGGCUUUAGUACCCACUGGCCGUUGCGCGGUGCGAAUCGGUCCAAAAACACAUCGAAACCCUGGUACUCACUCCCGACCUUGGUAAGCUGUAAUAUAUCCUUCAUGAAGCAGCUGUUUCGUCUAAGCGUGGCUUCCAUAUUCCAUGAGGGGAAGAUCGAUUUUGAGGCUGCGAUGGUGAUGGAUACGACGCCGUUGGUGCCGAACACCCCGACGCUUUUGAAGUUCGGUUUUAACAACGCCGGUCGGCUGGCUCUCGGGAUCACUUCGCUUUUUGGUGACGCGUUGAGCAUUACGCUUGGUGCGAAUGUCAUGCGUGGGAAGGAUAUGAAAUUUGGGCUUGAAGUUAGGGUCUAA